GCGGCUAUAACUUUUAAAUAUAUUAAAAUAUAUUAUAUAUGAAAAAAAAAAGGAAAAAAAAAAAGGUUCUUGCCAAGCCUUAACCCAUGAGGUGAAAGUUUUGACUAAGCUAAAGCAGUCAAAAAGCUGCCACGUAUGCAAGUCUAACCGCCACUUCUAAAGAAGCCAAUCUCCCUCCAUUUCCAGUUGUAGGCAAAACGAAAACAGAGUUGAGCAACUGACAUUUCUUGGAGGAAAGCUAAGCUAACAAAUCUUUCUUUCAAUCCCAUAUGUACAAAUAAUCUCUAAACCCAAAAAACUCAAUCUUUCUUUCGACCCCAAAUUCACAAAUAACCUCGUGAAAACCCAAUCAUUCUUUCCACCCCAAAUUCAGAAGUAACCUCUAAACCCUAAAACCCCAAUCUUCCAAGAUUCACCCUGCAAUGUCCUUCCUCCCACCGGAGCUAAUCUUCGACAUUCUUUCACGGCUUCCGCCCAAGGAUUUGAUGCGAUUCCUCUGUGUUUCCGAAGCUUGGUAUGCUUUAAUCCACGACCAAAUCUUCAUCAAAGCCCAUCUCCAGCGCUCCAUUGAAACCAACUCUGCUCCUCUAACCAUUUUACUCAGGAAAUUUAGUCCCGAAUGUCCUCCAUCACAUUUCUUUUCAUUGUCCUUCAGCGACAACGAGACGAUCGGGACAGCAGUGAAAACCGAGCAGCCGCUGAAAUGCCCUGACGAAUACACUGACAUUUUAUUGGACUACUCUGUUCAUGGUCUGGUUUGGAUUCACAACGAUGACGAGAGCGAUAUGGCUUUGUGGAACCCUUCAAUUCAAAAGUUCAAGAAGAUUCACGUCCCGAACUUUGAACCGGAUGCAUCAUCAUCUUCUGGUUCAGAGAUGGAGCAACGAAGAGAACCAAGGGACACCUGUUAUGGCUUCGGGUAUGAUUCUGUUCAUGAUGACUAUAAACUUGUGCAAAUUUUCGAGUUCGCAAAUGAAGGCAGAAUUGUGGGUUCUCAAGUUCACAUUUAUAGCCUAAAAUCUAACUCAUGGAAAAGGAUCCAAGACAUGCCUUGGAAUUGUUUUGGAAUUCAUCACGAUUAUCUCAUGUUUUGCGACGGUGCUCUGAGUUGCCUCGUUUAUAACAGGUUAUGUACAAAUCAGGUCAUAAUUCUAACCCUUAGUCUCGCCAGUGAGAAAUAUUGCCAGUGUCGCAUCCCGGUCCAUCAUCUGAGUAUUAAUGAGUCUAGGCUGAUUUUGACGGUCUUGGGGGGUUGUUUAUGUCUUUGUGAUACUUUUUUGGAGACCCAACAUGAUGUUUGGAUUAUGAAAGAAUAUGGAGUCGCAGAAUCUUGGACCCUGCUUUAUUCCAUUGAGGGGGGAGAUUUGCCCUGGUCGAUUGAUUUUAUGUGCGUACCUUUGGUGUUCUCAAGGGAUGGUGAAAUGGUUCUCUUGUCGGAUAACAACACUACGUUUUUUUGGUAUGAUUUGAAGGGGAAGAGUUUUAAACGAGCUCAAUUUCAUGGUCGGCCCUAUUUAUAUGAAAUGACAGUUGUUUGUUGGGGGAGCCUUUGUCUUCUUGAUGGUGAUCCUGUUAUUGCUGAGCCUGAGACUGAGAGGCAGCAGAAAGUCCCCACUACUUCUACGAAAAGCAAAUAUUCAAGCAGCGAAGACGAAGAAACGUAUGAUGAUUGGUACUAGAGAGGAAAGUCGUUAAUUGGCGUGCGUGACAAGGGUGAGUUUGUUUGUCAGUUUUUUAGCUCAUAUCAUUACAGAUCACCUCUGUUUUCGGUAGUUUUGUUGUGUUUCCUGCUACAUUUUAUUGACCUUCCACGCCAAUGAGGCUUCAAGAUUAAGUAAACCUUCUGAGUGAAUGACGGUCUUAUCAGCAUACUGUUUCAUGCUGUUUCAUAUUUUCUUUUGAGAAUGCAUCAUGAUCUUUUUUUGUUUAGGUAACUUUCAAUUCAUCUAA